GAACGAUCCGAAGCGAUCGUCUGUUGUUGGUCUUUUAAUCGGCCUGCACUCAGAACCUGGAACUCAUUCGCCAACCGUCACUCGUACCGCGCGGAACACACGGUCGCAGUAGAACACGGAAUACCAAAAUAUACCCAACAACACACAACACAAAUAGUAUCCGAGCGCUAAAGCGUUUUUACGUGAAAAGUGAGACAAAAACAGUGAACUUGAAAACUGCAAAACCAGCAAAAAGCAAACAACAAUUUGAGCAGAUUUGUGAUCUGCCAAAAGUGAAACACAAACAAAUAAAAGAAUCCAAACUGUGCCUCAAACUCAAUAAAAAGUAUCUAACCGAAAUGGUUACCGGCGUAACUGCAGCCAACAUGACAGCCAAUGUAAUGGGCACCGCUGUGGUGCCAUCACAGUCACAGCAACAGCAGCACAAGGAGACGCCACUCAAAAGUGAUCGUCGGUCGAACAAACCAAUUAUGGAGAAACGCCGACGGGCACGCAUCAACAAUUGCCUCAACGAGCUAAAGACCCUCAUUCUGGAUGCAACCAAAAAAGAUCCUGCUCGUCAUUCCAAAUUGGAAAAGGCCGACAUCCUAGAGAAGACAGUGAAACAUCUGCAGGAGCUGCAGCGGCAGCAGGCAGCCAUGCAACAGGCCGCCGAUCCCAAGAUCAUCAACAAAUUCAAGGCCGGAUUUGCGGACUGUGUGAACGAGGUGAGCCGCUUCCCUGGCAUUGAGCCCGCCCAACGGCGUCGCCUGCUGCAGCACCUGAGCAACUGCAUCAACGGCGUCAAGACGGAGUUGCACCAGCAGCAGCGACAACAGCAACAGCAACAACAGCAGCAGCAGUCCGUGCACGCCCAGAUGCUGCCCUCGCCGCCCAGCUCACCCGAACAGGAUCCCCAGCAGCACCUUUUCGGACAGAUCCAGCAGACGGCCAAUGGAUAUUUUCUGCCCAAUGGCAUGCAGGUGAUCCCCACCAAGCUACCCAACGGCAGCAUUGCCCUCGUCCUGCCCCAGAGCCUGUCCCAGCAGCAGCAGCACCAACAGCAACUGGCAGCAGCCGCCGCGGCGGCAGCAGCAGCAGCAGCCGUCGUCCAGCAGCAGCAACAGCCCAUGCUCGUGUCGAUUCCUCAGCGAACAGCCAGCACGGGAUCCGCCAGCUCGCACUCCUCCGCCGGAUACGAGUCGGCGCCCGGCAGCAGCAGCAGCUGCAGCAGCAACAGCGGCCACCAUCUGCUGCACCACCCACACCACUAUGCACCGCCCAGUCCUGCCAAUUCGGUGUACGAGGCCAUGGACAUGAAGCCAUCGGUGAUCCGUUGUGCCUCAGAGCCCCAGCCCCUCUCGUUGGUGAUUAAGAAGCAGCAGCAGAUCAAGGAGGAGGAGCAGCCCUGGAGGCCAUGGUAGAUUGUCCAUAGAUCCCCCUGCCCCUGAAUCUCCACUACGCUUAAAGACUGAUGGGCGUUGCAUAAAACACACCCUCACACACACACACACACACACAUGCGCAGGCGUUGUGGCAUGCGCAAACGGACAUUUCACAUCAUUCGCCAGGAUUACGCAAAUGUUGCCCAAGAAGUGCCACCGAACAUGCAGGAUCCUUAUCAUCAUCAUCCCCUCAUCCAAAAGGGGUCGUCGGUUCCCUCCUUCUCUCGCUGAUAAAAGCGAGAGAUUUUGGGGGAUCCAUACACGCCCCCAAACAUGCACCGCCCAUUGUUAUAAAUUAUUUAUUAUUAUUACACGGUAUUCUAUAGGUCGCCAGACACUACCUCACUUGGGUGUUGACAUUGCCUCAUAUCAUAUCAUAUCAUAAUUCAUAUAUCAUUUAUUGGAUCCAUCCAUCAUCCAUGUAUUACGAUGGUUUCUCGUUUUGUAACAGCAAAUCAGAAAAAGUCUUCCAGACAAGCCACAAAAAAGAGAAAAACAAACACACAACAAACACAUAAAAACAUAUAAAAUAUAUAUCUGUAGAUUGUACGAGUAUAUCCCAUUUAGUUAUAGUUCUUUUGUACCAUAGAUCUGUAAGUUCCCUUGA